UAAAUAAUCAGCUCAGCUUACGAAAAUUUAUCGUGUGAAUGUUGUAAUUUAUAUUAUUUCAAAACAGACCUCUGGCCUCAGCCAUUGGAUCAAAAUUGUACUAGUGGUUAAGAAAUUAUUUAUAUGUUGCUGCAGUUGAUAUUAGCGCCGAUAUGGCAACCCAUGAAGGAUCAAUUGAGCCUUUUUAGGGCUCUGGCAACGGGCGGACGGAUACCGGGUACCAAUCUGGUACUGAUGCCGGUACCAGGCGGUAGAUGUCGCUUUGGCCUAAUCGAACACAUUAUGAUGGCCCUCGCCGGCGCCUGGCUGGUGUUCCGUGUCAUCUGCUGUGAGCUGGCCAUCGAGGAUAGGCAGCCGCCGCCAGUGAGACGGCAGCGCAAGAACGCUUACAAUGUGAGACAAACGGAAGCGGAGACAAAUACGGCGUGCUCAACUGAUGCCAACCAUAUUAUGAUGGUGCAACAACAAAAGGAGCCAAUGCCGGAGACAGACCCAUUGCUUGAGACGGAGGAGAUGUUCUAUUGGGGCUGCCAGCGAUUGCGCAGACAUCAACCGAUACUCAAAUUUACGCGCACUCAACUAGACAAAUUGCUGCGCUUGGAGCGCAAUGCUGAGGACUACGACGACAACGAUGAUGAUGAUGAUGAUGAUGAUGAUUAUGAAGAAGCAAAUGGAAAUGAUGAUAAUGACAAUGGCGAUCCCGGUGACAACAAAUCAGAGAAUUUAAAUAGUGAACAAAAUAGCAUAGUUAAUCCAUCAGCGUCCGUCGAAGAUAUCGAGACGCAUUGCAAUUCCACAAGAAAUCCAGGCGCAGCAGAAGAGAAACAUGUAGAAUUGGGAAGAGCGUAAGAUGCCCAGUUGUCUGCAUGUGUCAGUGUGCCUGUGCCGCUAUGUGUGUCUGUGUGUGUGUGUGUGUGUAAAUGUGUGUUUGUGUCUCAAUUUUGUUGAGCGCGGGUGAGACUGUAAGUGGAGCUGUCUGUGUGUGUGUGUGGAAGGGUGAAGGGCAAACCAAGUAAUAAUGCUAAGCGCAGCGCGUUCAUGUUGCUGCCCCACAAAAGGAGAACGAACUCGGCACACGCUCACACAUACACAUACACACAUGCACAUGUAUGAAAAACAAACACACACACACACGCAUACAGUACACAAACCAAACGAAAAAAAAAAAAAAAAAAUGGCAACAAAUUUUGACAACGGACGAUUUCAAUCGAAAUUUUAUAUUUCAUAUGCUAUUAUUGGAAUCAAUACAAUAAUUAUUCCACUAAAAAAAAUGCAUGUAUCAAAACUCUA